CGGAAAAGGGAGAGAAGGACAAGAAAGAAGAGAAGAAAAAGAGGAAAACGAGGAAAACAAGGAAAACGAGGAAAACGAGGGAAGAGAGAAAAGAAGAAACGCGAGAAAGCGUCCACGCUGGAAACGGGGAACGCACUUGUGUCAUUGGCGUCUCUCCACCCUGCCUUUCUGUGACAGGAGAACUUGCCUUCUUUCCCCACUGUCUCUACGCGCAGGAAAAGAAACUCGCCGUGGAAGGAAGAGUUCUCUAAAUGCAGACUUCCCCUCUCGUUUUUGAGCUGCGUUCGCCCCCCUACCGCAACUUCCUUCCCCCACUCUGCAUUCUUCUUCGCUGGCAACCCCGUCGGGAACACAAGUCCAAGCAACUUUGCUUCCGUCUCGUCUUCCUCUGUUCACUCCGCCUUUCUUGCCUUUCUCUCUGCGCCUCCACUCGCUCGACUCGAGGCGCCGUCUCGCAAGUAGCUGUCGCUCUGAAGGAGAAGAAGUCGAAGAGCAGCGUCUCUGCGCCGCUUGUUUGUUGUGCUCUGCUCCUCUUCUUCUGUCCUCCCUUCUCUUCUUUUUGUUUUCUCUUCCCCGUCCUUUCUUGUUUCCUGCUACUUCCCCUCGUAGAAUACGCCUUCGACCGAGCAGACAGAAGGUCGGAAAACGACGGAAUGUCUUCUUUCUCCUCCCGAAUCUCUCCUUCUCACCGUGUUCUCUCUCCCUUCACAUCUCUGCGCUUGCCUUUCUCCUGACCUCCCAUUGCGGC